AUGAGGUCCGUGGCCGUACUCCUCCUCCUCCAGGCUUCCCUGGUGCUCUGGGCCAACCUCGGCAUGACCUCUGGAGACCUUGGAAUCUGCAUCCUCCCUCCGGACGGAGGCCUCUGCUACACCCUGCAGGAACGGUGGUACUUUGACUAUGAGAAGAAGGCCUGCCUGCCCUUCUCCUGGACCGGAUGCGGAGGAAACGAGAACAAUUUCGAAAGUUGGCCUGAAUGCCGGAAAGCCUGCAGCCGCUACGGUUAA